UUUCCAGGUCUCCCUCCCCUGAAGCAGUAACGUCUCUGUCCUCCUGUGUUCUGCCUGGAGCAACCAACCUGCUGUCUCCCACCCGGCUGGUCCCACUGCAGAGAGCUUGAACAAAACAGAGAUCAUCAUCAUGGAGCGGCUGAUCCCCGCCCUGGUUUGGGAAGUUAAAUGUUAGACCGAGAGCCCAGCAGUUCAUUUCAGGAGCCGUUCUCAUGGUUGCCUGGGAAAGGAGGAAUAUUUAGAUUAAGGUGGCUGGAAGCGGUUCAUCUGCGUAAUACAGCCGGUGUUUUGGAAAUAAACCGCUGAAAGCAGCUUGGGCAGCGCGGGGCGCAGGGGACGUGUGUGCGGUUCACACACAGCUGCCCCGGCCGUGCCGCCGCGGCUACCGCCGCCCGUUCUCGGCUGGCAAACCGCGCAGAGAGCAGUUCUGCUCCAGGCAGAGCCUACAGAGCUGCUUCAACUUAACCACACCGAGCAAGGCUUUUAAGUGAUGAGAGCGUUAACUCCAGUGGGGUUUGGCACCUUCGGGAGGGGUUUGAGCUGGCGCGGUGCUUACAAGAGCAACAGGGAAGCUCCUGCCAGUCCCGUGUUCGUGGUUGUUAAGCUCCGUGCUGCUGUUUGUUGAGGUGAACAGCAAGAGCGGGUGUCUGGGGCAGAGACACAGGAACCAGGCUGGUAAAUUGUGCUGGAGUCGGGACCGGUCACUUCUCUGUGUUUUUGCCGUGGGUAGAGGGGAGCCUGGAGCAGAGCAGGACGUUCAGGGUGAUGCCGAGGUCCCGGGCAGGUGUCUGUCCCGGUGGCGCUGCUGUCCGCAGGCAGGACGGGGCUCCGGGCCCUGGAUCCCGCUGCAGAGCCCGUUUCUAACCCUGCGAAACGCUCCGUCGAGAGCUCCCGGCCUUCGGGAGACGGUGCCGCCCCUGCCCCGGCUGUUUGCUCUGCUGGAGCCCGGCACACCGACAGCUGCCGGCCAGCCUGGGGUCAGGAAUCGCCAAAAGUGGAAUCCGUGUGUGUGCUGUAGAGGGCACCUGAUUCCUUUGUCUUCUGGCAAGGCCGAGUCCCCGUGGGGACCUGCAGAUAACACUCGCUAUAUCGACGUUUUGAUAACUGCUCUUUGCUUUCAGCCAGAAUUUGCUUUUUUUAUCCCAUCUUAAUAAGUUGAUCUUCCUAUCAAUUCUGCUAACAAACAAGAUAAUUGCUUUAUUAUAGUCUCAAUAUCCACCAAAGGACACACACUCCCAGGUGCUCCCGAGGGAAUAAAAUCCGUGCGGAGCGUCGACACGGGAUGAGGACAGUGACAGUGACAGUGGAGACACCAGCGGGACCAGGAGAGCUCUAGAAAGCAUUUCAUAGGAUCGCAGAACACUUUGGGCUGGAAGGGACCUUAAAGAUCACGUAGUUUGAACCCCCCUGAUUAUUUUUGCCUGGCUCCCUCCUCGCUGAGACGUGUCGCUCCUGAGCUUGGACAAGCUGAUCCUUGAAUACUAAGCAGAGUUUUGGGGCCCCUCUUCCCUCCAGGGCUUUGUCCCCUGAUGUUCUGCAAGCGGGUCCCUCGAGAGGCCACAUUUGCUCCCUGAGCGCCGGGCAGGGCUUUGCUGUGCACCCUGAACCACGCCAAGGCUGCCCCGGCGCUUCGGCUUCUAACUGCAAACAGCUUGCUCGGUUUCCUAGAAAAUAUUUAAGUUGUGACCAAAAAUAUUUUGGUCCAUUUGUUAGAAAAAUAUUUGGGUUAUAACCAAAAAUAUUUUGGGCCAUUUGCUAGAAAAUAUUGAGGUUAUAACCGAAAACGCCGGGGUGUUUGUUGGCAGUUCGGGAGGUCUGUGUUUGCCGUGCAAUUUUUCCACAGGAAAAAGAAAGUGAAUGGGGAAUUUCCUGGUUUUCUGGGCUGGUGCAGGACCCGGCGGUGGGUUAAACCGCCCCAUGCAGGAGGAACAGCACCUGCCUCCUAACGCAGGGUGGAGAGGGAAUUGGUUGCUUCAGAAAAUUGUUUUUAAAAUAAAAUAAAAUAUGGGAUUUCUGUCUAGAAUAGUGUGAAAGCGGGAGCAGGAUUGCGGUGAGUGACAUGUGGAAAUGAGCAGUACCCGGAGGAGAGGAUGCUGAAGGACUGGGAGGCUGAAGAAGAGCUGGGGGAGCACAGAGCAGCACAGAAACCACGGCUGGGGAAGCACAAGGAGCCCCUGGGGCUGGGGAGCGGAGCUGCAGCCCCAGCCCUGGGAAAGCGCCCGCGUUUCCAUCCCUCCUCCCGCCAGAAGGUCCCGGCCGGGCGGAAGAACCGCAGACAAGAGUCCGACGCGUUUUCCAUCCUGCGCCAAAAAAGCCGCGAGCGCCUUUGUUUUGGGCAAAGGUUUGAGGCGGUUCUGACGAACACGAUAACGCCCCAGCGCGCUGACGUUGUGGGUCACUCCUCUCCCCGCGGCGAUAAGAGCCGGGCGCUUAUCGGAUGGUAACGCUUUGAUCUCGCUACCCAAGACGUGUGCUGCUCUACUCUCACCUGAGCACCUCGCUAAGGACACAAACUCCUCAACAUCCUCCUGGCCCAAAAUACAAAGAAAGCCUUGAAGCCGGGGCUGCGCGGGGUGGUAAUGGAAAACGGAGGUCAGCAGAUAAGCGGGUAUAAAAGCGGGGAGCCCGCGCAGCUCAGCCGGCUGCUGCGUCGCGGAGAAGGCGCUCGGGGAGCCCGGGGUGACAACUGCAGCAUGAAGCGCCUGGUCCUGGCCCUGCUGUGUCUGCAGCUCUCGCAGGGGCUGGUGAGAAUCAAGCUGAAGAAAGCCAAGUCUAUACGGGACAAAAUGAGGGAGGCCGGCGUGCUGGAGGACUACCUGAAGAAUGUUAAAUACAAGCCAGCCAGUGAGGCCCAAGUUGUGUAUGAGCCGAUAACCAACCACCUGGAUUCCUCCUACUUCGGGGAGAUCAGCAUCGGGACCCCGCCGCAGAACUUCUUGGUGCUUUUUGACACCGGUUCCUCCAGCCUCUGGGUUCCCUCCACCUACUGCCAGAGCCCACCGUGCUACAAUCACGCCAAGUUCAAUCCCAGCGCGUCCUCCACCUUCACCAGCAGCAACCAGACCUACAACGUCUCGUACGGCAGCGGCACGCUCACGGUGCUGCUGGGCCGCGACACGCUGAGGAUCCAGAACAUCACGGUCACAAACCAGGAGUUUGGGCUCAGCAAGAACGAGCCAACCCAGUCGUUCUACUAUGCGGAUUUUGACGGGAUCCUGGGGAUGGGCUACCCCUCGCUGGAGUCGGGAGGAAUGGCCACCGUGCUGCAGGGCUUGCUGCAGCAGAACCAGCUCGCCCAGCCCAUCUUCAGCAUCUACUUCUCUCGCGAACCCGCCUACAACUAUGGGGGAGAGCUCAUUCUUGGGGAAGUUAACACUCAGCUCUUCCGUGGGGACAUUCUGUGGGCAGCGGUGACCCAGCAGCGUUACUGGCAGGUGGCACUUGAUGAGUUUGGUAUCGGAGACAUGGUGACGGGCUGGUGCAGGCAGGGCUGCCAGGCCAUCGUGGACACGGGGACAUUCCUGCUGACGGUGCCCCGGGAGUACAUGGGCAGCUUCGUUGAGGCCGUGGGUGCCCAGCAGACCAGCUAUGGGUAUGAGGUUGAGUGUGAUGAGAUCCAGAACAUGCCCACCAUCACCUUCAUCAUCAGCGGCGUUCAGCUCCCGCUCUACCCCUCCGCCUACGUCCUGAACAACAAAGGCUACUGCAUUCUGGGGGUCGAGGCCACCUACCUGCCCCCCCAGAACGGGCAGCCGCUCUGGAUCCUGGGGGACGUCUUCCUCAGGGAGUAUUACACCGUGUUUGACAUGGCUGACAACCGCGUUGGCUUUGCCCCGGCGGUGUAGAGGAGCGCAGCAGCAAAUCCAGCCCCUCUCCUGGCCACACACAGCACAGCCAGCGUUGCUGGAGCACGACAGGGUUCCUAUGGACCUUUAUGUCCCUUUACAUGCCUGCGUGGCUCCCCAUCCCUCCGGGAUUUCUGUGUAAGGGUGUUCUUACAGUCUCCUGUUACAAAUAAACCCCAACAUCCCAAA